AUGGCCAGCUCUGAGCCAGGCUUCACGGCCACACCGCUCAUUAAUCGCAUGCCGAUUGAACUACUCACGGAUAUCUUCGCCUGGCUGGCCCUCAUCGACGUGAUCGGAGAGCUAGAGGUUGACGCGAACGACCCGGACGACGAUGUCGACGAAGACUCGGACGGAGAGUCACAAGGGGUUGACUGCGGCGAGGAGGACAUGCAGUGCGAUGAAUCGUCGGAUACGGGCUCGGAAUACACCUAUUCCUCUCAAUCAGACCUCCCGCUUCGCGUCUCUUGGGGCUGGGCCCGUGUAACGCAUGUCUGUAGCUUAUGGCGUAACAUUGCGCUUGCCUGCCCUUCACUUUGGACCACUAUACCUCUCGAUCUUCCGCUGCACUGGGUUGACGAGCUCAUCAAGAGAAGCGGAGAAGAGUCUGUGCGAGUAGUCGGCACGGACACAUUCCUCGGCUUUGAUCUCGCAACACACAGAGCGUUGAAGCGGAUUCGGAGCAUCGAGGUCGACUUCGGAAGUCCGGCCAGGAACGAUCACCCUCCCUUCUUAACACACCCUUUCCCUGCGGCCACAGAAAUGACCCUUCACGGCCAAUUUCACGAGUGCGGCUGGAUCUUCGACGAGAACAUUUUCCCUCGACUGACUCUUCCUGAGGAAUCCACGGAGUUGCAUCUGAUAUGCGAACCUCGUUAUGUCGUCGGCCGUGAUCUAUUCACGGUGACAGAGGUCAUAGAUAUCAUCGGCAACUUGGCCAACAUGGAGAUACUCUCCUUAGCAAAUUGCUUCCCACUUCUAGAUGAUGAGGAUGUUCCUCUCCUCACCUUCAACCUCGCUCGCAUCGAGUUCCCCCGCUUGCAGGCCCUCACGUUUGUCGAGGAGAACAACACGGCGAAAGCAGCCAUACUGUUCUUCAACAAUGUUCGCUUUCCGGCUUCUGCGCGCGUCAAUGUCUCAUGCCUCAUCAUAACGCGCGAUCCUAGUAUGGAUCAUGGACCACCGACAACGAUUUCAUUAGACCUCGAUAGCUUCUUCUGGCGCGGCGAUCCGGAAUUGGCACCCCGAACGCUCGCCAUCAUACAGAGCGGUACCACAUGGCGCGGUAUCGACGUACACGCAUGGCGUGAGCUCAAGUUUGGCGUAGAUGGCUCGCCAGACUUCCUUCAGACGGACAAGCUCCCUCUAUACCUGGUGGAUGAGAUGUUCAUGGAACGAUCGACCAACGCCGGCGAUAUCGCCAUACAGUAUCGAUAUGAUUUUGGCAGCCCGCAUGAAGAUAUGGGUUGGCGCUGGGCGCUCUUCAACCAGCCACAAGAUGUUCUUUCGAACGUCCGGGCCCUCACGCUCUCGUUGGCCGAAGGACCGUUGGCAGUGAUACAAUCUCUCGAAGGGGGAUACAUGUCACUUCUUCGCGCGGCCCGCCGGGUCGAGCACCUGCGCCUUGCCGGACAUCAUCCGGAUGCCAGGCAUAGCACCGCGGCCGCGGUUCUGCCGGCCCUCUGCGAAUUCAACGAGGAAGCCCAGGUGGGAACGCUGGAACGCUGGGCGCUCAUGCCGGCUCUAUGCACGUUGACACUGCAGAAUAUGGAUCCAUAUGCGGAGAUGGAGUCCGGAGAGACCUUGCCGGAUGCUCUUCGGGAAGUCGUUCGCGUCCGCGCCGAUGGUGGAAGCCCGCUCAGGACCAUCUAUAUACAUAAUUGGAUGUUCAACGACGAUGACGAGCUUUGGAGAGAAGGGCUGGCUCAUGUACCUAUCCCUGUAGUAUACGACAUACGGAUGCAUUGA